GAUUUUAAAGAUUUCGCAAGGGGAACUUGGGUCGUUUACAUUUGGCUUGCCAUCCUGGAUAAAUUUCUACGAGUUAUUUGAUGCUGUUAAUCUGUUUAUUAAUAAGGGGAUUGAAUUACUAAUAUUAUGAGUAGUUCGACAAGGCUAUUUGAUUCGAACGGUCAUUUGCUGCCACCUGAACAGUGCAAUAUCGAGCCACUCGACUCGCUCACGAAACACAGAGCCGCGAGCCCUUCUCGUCGCUCGCCUUCAAGAAAUGGCAGGCAAAGUGCAGGAACGUCAGGAAGUGAGCCGAAACUCCCGAAUUUUGUCCAGGAAGUAACGAAAAACACAGAGAGUCCUAAUAUUCGACUUGCUAGUCCCACUGCCAUAAAAGCUGAGUAUGUCAAUGUCGAAAAACGUCUGAUUUCAACGAAGAAUUCAGCCAAAGAUGGCACGCACUUAGCGAAUAACCAUUUGGGUAGCACAACAGCGAGUAAUUUCAAAGCAAGGUAUUGUUUAAGUUGAAUUUUUUGUAAACUUUUGCUCAUCGUGUACAGUUCCGUGUUUUGAAGCCAUUCAAAUGCAUAUUUGAAUUGUAACAAUUAUUUAUUCUAAUAAAAAAUCGAACUAUAUACUAAAAUAUUUAAGUUAUGUCAAGUGCGAAUAUGUACAAAGGCACCUUAGUUGUAGGUAGUUGUUUGGUUAUUAAAUAUGAUUUUGUCUUUUAUUUCGGCACAGCGUGUUGUCCAAAUCGAAGGCUCUCGGCAAGAUGGAGUCGGGAAUCGUAAACGAAGCAGCAUUUGCUUUAGAGGUAUUUUUGUUGGGUUUAUUUUGCUUUAAGAUUUCGAAAUAACUAUCAAAUAAUCCUUGUUUACCGAUGUGCUAAUCUAAGUCUUCUAUUCUUCAGCUGUUUAAUUUGUAGGGCUUUUAUUAAUAGUUAGAAUUAAAUUAGUAUUAUACAGUCAUAUUAUGCAUUCAUUGAAUAUUUUAUGUCUGAAAAUAUGACAAGGCCAAUAUUUUUCGUGCUCAGAAUCACGUAAAAGGUGUAUUGUGUAAUUUUAAGAUGGUUUUGUUGCAUUACAACAUAAAAGCAUCAAGCUAAGUCUGUUUAGGUGGGCUGUUUUGAUAGUGUUCAUUUUGUAAACAUUAAUCUGUCAUAUUUAACACUGCAUGAUACAUCACACUUACAGGUUUUGUAGCAUGUUGAAAUUUGAUAUCUUUCAGAUUUACUCAUCAGAAUCAGAUUUACUCAUAGAGUUUACAAGUAAAUUAAAUUGCCAAUUACUUGAUUGUGGCAAGGUUUCAUUUUGAUCAAUAUGAGAUCUGUGGGUUUGCCAUAACCUGACUGGCGAUUGAGGAUGAGCCCCCCCCAAUAGACUUAAUUCCUACCUUAUAUCAAUAAUAUCGAGCAUUAUUUGCUAUUUUGCUGAAGCCUGUUGUCAGUCAGCUUGAUUUGCAUGUGUGUUCCCCACCCUGAGGAAGUGACAAGGAAAUAGGAAGUUAGUUUCCUUUGGCUUAGAAAAUUAAAUUGAAUAUCUUACUAUGAUAGACAUUUCCUCUUAAUAGAACCUCUUAACUCGUUGAGUGCCAAGCCCUCUUCCCUUGGCCAGUCAAAUCAUCUGGUAUUAGACAGAGUAAAAUAAUAAAGUUGGGUGCAUUGCAGUUUAUCGGGUUAACAAGAUACAUGUCCCAAUGUCUAUAAAACAAUUAUCACUUAUUUACUGAGACCGAGGGAAACAGUGUGUUUUGUGGACCUGAGACCGUCGAUGUUUCCCGAGGCGAAGACGAGGGAAACAUCGAUGGUCGAGGGUCCACAAAACACACUGCUUUCCCGAGGUCUCAGUAAAUAAGUGUUUUAUUAUAUAUCAAUAGUCAAAGAAACAACAAAUUAAAGAACAAAUGAACGUAAAUACAUGAAAUAUUUUAUUGUUAAAACGUUAUAUUAAAUACUGGCUACACUGCAGUUACUUAAAGCGAAAGUUUUAAUUACGUACUAGGCAUGUCCAAAGGUCGCAUCUUCACGUGAUGGCGCGCAUGAUUUUUUUUGUUAUUCGCCGGUCAAUAACGUAUUAUCUCCCUCUCGCGCUGUUGCGAGGGAGACAGCCUAAUUUCGUCACUCUCACGUGAUAUGCUCUCAACCAAUAAAACACUAGAAAAAUGCGACUUUGACUAUUGAUAUAUAAUAAUAUUAAUUAACCCAUUAAUAUAUUAAUUAACCUAUUAAUGUGCAAGACUCUCCACUUGACGAGUAAAACUAUCUGGUGUUAGACAGAGUAAAAUAAUAAUUGGCAGAUUGUUCAAUGGCUUAAACUCAUGAAUGUGCAAGACGAGUAAAAUCAUCCCUGCACGAGUAAAAUCACCUGGCUUUAGACUAAAAGAGAGUGUUGGGAGUGUAGAUUAAAGUGUUCUUGUUCCUUCUACUCUUCAUUUCUCAGUCCUUCUGUGACUACACUCUGUGAUCUCCCCCCCCCCCUGCCUUCUAGUAAAGUAAACUAUGGUAAAAAUUUGCAACUUUUUAUCAACAUGCAAUAUGGUUGAAUUUCAGGGCUGCAAAUAAAUAUUUGACUUGGAUUUUGUCACAGCAAGAAAAUGUAUAAUGUGACAAUUUUUUGUUGUUUUUGCUCGGACAUUUGCCAAAUUUAGUCGGACAUUGUCCGAUGUCCGACAGUAAUUUGCAGCCCUGUUGAUUAACCCAUUAAGCGCCAGCGCUCUCCCCUUGACAAGUAAAAUCGUCUGGCGUUAAACAGAGUAAAAUACUAAAGUAGGGUGCAUCAGGGUGCAAUGCGACUCAAUGGGUUAACUAGACACAUGGGCAGAUAGGCCAGUUAACCCAUAAAGUGCCAGCGCUCUCCCCUUGACGAGUAAAAUCGUCUGGCGUUAGACAGAGUAAAAUACUAAAGUAGGUUGCAUCAGGGUGCAAUGCGACUCAAUGGGUUAAAGUAAUAGUUAGUAACCAGUUUGAUUACUGGUUGUAAUAAUAUAUAAUUUAUUAGUUGAUGGAAAAACCAGUGCCAACAUGGACCAUGGAGGAUGUGGGCAUAUGGCUUGAUGACAUUGGUUUGAGCAAAUUUAAGGAACAUUUUCUCAGUAAGUACUUUGUAUACUGUAAUUUUACUAUUAUUUAUUGUAGUACGUGCUUGUAUGUUAGAACUACAACUUAUUCUUACCUUGUAAUUUUUAAAAUAUAGUUCACAAAGUUUCUGGCAAAACUCUUCUAAAUCUCAGUUAUGAAACACUAGGUAAGAUUAUGGUGGUAAAAUGUCAUUUGCAUCCAAGGAUGUAGAUUCACAAAUAGAACUUUCAUUUUUGUAACAAGCAUUUGAAGGUUUCAAUGAACCUAAGGGUAGUUAAACAUGACUGUUCAGGGCAUGAAGUUUGCAGUAUUGCAGUGCAUAUUUUAAAUGUUUUACAGUGGGGGCAAAACCAAGACUUAGGGCCCACUGUGUGGGUUCCCCAGAGUAAGAUUUAGGCUAUUCAGGCACAGAGUAGAUAAGACAUUAAGACGUAACUGACCGUUGUAAACACUGCGGAAGAUUACGUUAUCAUGUACCCACUUUUUUUCAGGCGACCAGGCGAAAAAUGAUCAACUGCACAUGCUCAGCAAGUUUAAAGUGAGUCGUCAUCAGGUCGUCAUCCAAUCAGAUGCAUGCAUCUAGUAACUUGCCGACCAUGCGCACAAAAAAAGUGGGUACACUAGUUACGUCCCUGUAUGUCUCUACUCUGUGAUUCAGGGUAAGAUUAGGGCCCAGUCUGAGCCACUAACUAGUGGGGCUGUGGGUUGUCCCUCACUGGGCUGAUGAGAUUGAAAGCUAAUCAGUGCUAUUUAUCAUUUUUAUUCAACUGUUUAGAAAAGCUAAAUCUUUCUGAGUCAAGUGAGGAAAGAGAACACUUUCUCUCCGAAGUUUACCGUCUACAAGAAGAAAGUGGUCAGGUUGACAACGAGGAUGAACAAAUGAUGGAUAAAGAGAUUGAAGGUACACAAAAUUGUACAUGUGGUGGCCAAACAAAGUUAGGCAUCACUUUAUAUUUGCUGUGUGAGUUUGUUAGUCUUUUAGUUUGUUAAUCUGUUAGUUUCUUUGGAAUCAUAAACCUUGGUGUUUAUUCAAAAGUAGUGUGUCUUUUACUUGUGGUGCCUCCCCCCUCUUUUUUUCCCGAGUAAAAGAAUUAAAAGGGUAAUCACAGUCUCCCCUCGAGCAAUCUCUCCAAAGUUGAAGUUAAUUUUACUGUUUGCAAUCAUUGCAAUGACUAUUUGUAUUGUUUAAAGGUGUCUUCUGAUCACCCCAGAGGUUUAAAGGUGUCUUCGAGAUCACCUCGCUAUUGAUGGUUUUAGAAGAUAAAAAUAGUAAAAUGUAAAAUUAUCUGGCAUUGUCCAGGCAGAGUGAAAUAAUUAAGUAGGCUGCAUUAGGGUGCAUUAUGCAGCUUAAUGGGUUAAUAUACAUGUCAUUGAAAUAGUCCGACCAUGUCAGUGUGCCCCAUCCCCCAUCACCACCACCACUACCAGACACAAUCUGCGGUCACUGUUCACAGAGACAGGAUGGCAACAAAGAAAGAAGUGAUGUAAAUAAUUCGUAUAAAUUAUUCAGUGUUUUUACUUCACAACAUUCAUUCAUGAUUCCUUUCAAGUUGUUCUUGUCUAAGUUUGCCAUGUGGUUUGCCAGCCAAAAAUGGCAGACAAGGGAAGGGCUAAUUGAAAUAUUGAAUAAUGCCUUACGUGUUGGUCUGUUUUGCCCUCUCACAGAAACAUUACGUGAUGUAAGCCCUCAAGAAAACAAUAACGAGCAAACUCAUGUCCAUGUGCCUGUAAGUACUGGAAGUGAUCUAACACCAACAGAUUCAUUUGCAUCAUCGUCAAGAACUGAAAGUGACAUUGGCCCUUCGCCUACAUCAGAAAUAACGGAUAACGGGAAACAAAAACAAGAUAGUCCGAAGAAAACAGUUGUGCAAAAUAAAGCAGAGACUUCAACUCAUACUAUUACAAGUAAUCAGGUAUGCUAAGGAGUUACUACGAUGAAACCAAGUUUUAUCAAGGCUGUUGCCAAGAGGGUUUUUUUUUGGGGGGGGGCACUUAUCCCUAGCUGAACUUGAUAGUGCCACCAAAAUCUCAGUUACCCCCACCCAGAACCCCCCCCCCCAAAAAAAAUGUUAUCACCUAAAUUCCAUUCCUACAGAAAAAAUGUUUCCUUUUCCCUUCCUCCAGACAAAUUUUGCCCCAGGCACCUCCAUUUUCCUUUAUUGAAUAAAUUUCAAUUUUUUAUACAAAAUUAAUAAAGCUAUUUCUUCCCUCUGCACAGGUUUCUCCAACGAAAACCAAAUCGAAAAAAGAAUCAUCCAAACCAACAUCGAAGAAGGCGAAGCCUCGAGGAAAACGGUAAAAUUUAUAUAAAUUAUUCUCUGAAUUAUAUUCAAAUGAUGGUCGAAAAAGGUUAUUUUCAAAAGGCCAUGUUGGGUGAUUUUUUCUUUGACUUGUAACGGCAAUACGGAAAUACGAACUUGUCAGAACAACCUUGCAACAAGUCUGAUAAUUUCGACAAGGUUGUUACAAGUUGGCAACAAGUUGUUCCAAACCUGUUGACAACUUGUGACAAGCAGUGCGAAUACAUCUUGUUGACGGCUUGUUGGCAGACUUGUUACAAGAUGUGAGAUUUUUGCGUGUGUAAUCCAUUGAGGUGUAAUCUGGAACAUUAAGUUGUUAUCAUCUUGUAACAAGGUUGAUGAGGCCAACAAGUCUGAUAUCGUCUGUACGUAACAAGUUGUUAACAAGUUGAUGAAUACAAGCUCGUAGCAACUUGUUACGAACAGCCUGUAUUAGUCUUGUUGGAACAACUUGUAGCAAGUCUGUUACCAUCAUCAACCUUGUUACAAGAUGAUAACAACUUGUUCCAGACUCGUCACAACAAACUAGGAACAAGCAUUGCGAACACAUCCUGAUGUCGGCUUGACAACAACUUUGUUACAACUUGUUUGCAGAUCUACAACAAUUAGCGCGUUUUUACGUGUAUUGAAAGCAACCAUAACGUUGUAUACUUUCAUUGUAGCAUUUCUCGUCUGUUCAACUCUAAACCCGGCAGCCACAAGGAUCCCUCGUUGUUGCACACCGCCCCACCCAUCUACAAGAAUGCCUUCCAUAACCUCAUGAACACGGGACCCCAAGGCGUGGUUAAAGUUUGGACCGAAAUGUUUCUCACUGACAUGCAGUACGUUAGUCUGUUGAUAAAACACGAGGACACGGCGUUUGAGGUGAUCAAAAUGGUCUUAGAAAAAUCUAAUGCAAAAGAGGACCCGGAAUGUUAUCGAAUUUGUGAAAUUAAUGAACACAAGAAAGGUUGGUUAUUUAUAGAGAUGACGUUACUAUAGACCAAUUUACACUACACAACUUUUGCCUAAAAAUGUCGCAUGCAACCUCCUUACAACUUGAGUUAUACCACAGAUGGUUAUACUGUGUAAAUCAAGCACACAAUAUGCCUACGACAACAUAUGAAACGUAUUAAGGCAUUAGACCAUAUGUUAGGGUAAAAUAACAAAGUAUGGAGUGCUCUGUGGCUUAAUCCCUCAAUGGUUUAACAAGAAACAUGGGAAUACAGUCUAGUUAACCCGUAAUUUUACAUAAACAUCUAAAGGCCAUGUUACGUAUACGGUGCAAUUUUUCUUGCAACUUGCAAUGCAAUUCUACUCUUGAAAGAUGUUAAUUAGUGAAAUCAGUGAAGAAUUUUCGAUAUGUUGAGAAAACAUCACUGAGCUAUGGAAAACAUCAGCGGAGUGUAUUAAAUGAAGACUCGUAUUUGGCAUUACAUCUCUCAAGAGUAGAAUUGCAUUGCAAGUUGCAAGAAAAAUUGCACCGUGUAACAUGGCCUUAAUUAAGACCCUGCCAUGAAAUCACAUAUGGCUACCAUGCAAACAUGAAAAGAACUUAUCUUGCUUUAUUGCAGAAUAUGUUUUGGAUCGUAACGAAUGUCCUUUACAACGAGAGAGACAAUGGUCUGAUCCUGAUAACUGCAGGUUUGAACUAAGAUGGCGCAACGAGCGUUUGAUUGAAUGGGGAAACUCUACAGGUCCUAUUGCUCAAGAUUUGUCCAAACAGAAGAUUAGUGAAGUGAGUCAAUAUAAAAUACAACUAAAUAAACCAAAUACAACUACCUAAGUAAACUAUCUUUAUUUAUACUGGAUAGCUCUGCCAGUUCUAAACUGUUCUCCCUAGAGGUCAGUGGCGUAACUACUAUGGGCUCGGACCGGGCGAACCCGGGGGCCCCCAACCCCAAUGGGCCAAAUGGGGCCCCAGGCUCAGGCUGUGAAGCAAAAACAUUGGCCAGGGCCUCUGAUAUGUCACAAUGUCGUUUUCUGACCAUCAGAAUUCUGUAACAUCUCUCCCCAAAGUCUGGGAAAUGGUAUUUCAGAGAGUCUAGAUUCAAAAAUUUUCCGGUUGAGCAUGCCCCGUGACCCCUAAAAACUCGUGCAUAUACGGCGCUCGACUUGUGCCUUUGGCACUUCUACUAGGGGGGCCUUCGAAAAUUUUGAACCGGGGGCCCCCUGAUAUAACGUUACGCCACUGCUAGAGGUCUACUAAAGAUUAUCUCUUAAUGAUCCAGUGUUACUACAGGAGGAAACCUGAACUAAACUAACUUUAUUUAUACUAGAUAGUUCUAUUAGUUCUAAACUGUUCUCCCUAAAGUUGCAGUAAGGAUCAUCUCUUAUUGAUUCAGUGUUACUACAGGAGGAAACAUAAAUUAAACAAACUUUAUUUAUAUUGGAUAGCUCUAUCAGAUCUAAACUAUUCUCCCUAAUGUUCCAGUAAGGAUCAUCUCUUAUUGAUCCCGUGUUACUACAGGAGGAAACCUGAACUAAACUAACUUUAUUUAUACUGGAUAGUUCUAUCAGUUCUAGAGGUGCAGUAACUGUCAGUAACUUUCAGAGAACUGUCAGUAAAUAGCCUUUAGAGUCAAGCUGAAACCACUCUGUUCUUGUAUCUCUUUUUGAAGGAACCUUCGUCCCCGCAAAACCACAUCGAGGCUCAACAGGACAAAACGUCCAGCCCAUCUUCAAGUGAGUCCACGUCUGGCCCAGACUCGCCUGGGACAGAUGACCUAGCACCCAAUAACACACUGGAAACUGAGUUUGCUUAUAUCGUCGAAGUUGAUCAUGGGAAAGGAUCUAGUACAAACACAGGAAAAUCCGAGAAAGAUAGUGACAUGUUGCAAAACAAUUCUCAGAAUGACCUAACCUCAAAUAUUGAAGACCCUGAUUCUAUUCAAAACGCUCCUAAGCGAUUGGUUUCCUCCUGUCCCGAUCUUUCUCAGAACGAUUCAGUAGAUGAUGACCCAGAAUACGGGAAUCUUAUGAUUUCUAAGAAUUUUAAUUUUUUGAACGCGGAAAGUGACUUGAUGGGCAUUGACAACGGACCUACUACAAAUCUCGAUAGUUCUUCCGACGCUUCCACGAGUGUUGGCGAGUUUGAGUACUCGCAGCAACUUCGUCGUUCGUCGAAGCGGUUAUCUGACCGUUUGAGAUUCCAAGGCAAGCCAAGGAUUGAGGGACAGGCGGUUGAGAUAGGGAUAGAUGCGGAAAAACAGGAUGAUUUGAGUACAUUACGGGAUACCAAUGGUGAUAAAAGAGGUGAAACAGGGGAUAAUGUUGGGAUAUCACUUGAUAGAACCCAGAGUAAUAAUGAUUUAUCAAUAGAUGUCUCUAAAGAUAUCCAGCAAGAUUUGAGCGCAAGUGUACCUGGCGAUGUCUCCAGAGAGUCUGUGGAAGAGCCCGCGGCAAAACAGCCUGGGGAUGAGGCCGCGCUGAAGGAGACUGAGGACGUGACCGCCCCAAAAGAACCUGGGAACGAGGUUUCCACUCCUGUCGUGUUACCGGAAGUGAGUGAAGUUUUGGAAAGAAUUAAUGAACUACAAAAUGAGAAUUCACUUUUAAUCGAGGACAAUCGAGAGUUGAAAAAACAAUGUAGGACUUUUGAAGGCAAGAGUCGUCUUAGAGAGCGGGAAUUAGAAGAAAUGGAAUCAGAGAAGAAUGAACUAGCGAAUCAGGUUCAAGAAAUGGCUACCGAGUUGCACUCGUUGAGGGCGGCCAAUACCGAACUUCGUACGGAGGUUGACGAGGCGAACACGAAACUCAGUGAUGUUGAUGGCUGGGUCACGCGAGACGUGUUCGAGGAUAUUCGCGGGCAGUUGUCGCUCAGUGCGGAAGAAUGCGAGAAAAGAGAUGAGGAAAUUAGUGAAAUUCAAAAGAAGUGUAAAAACCUUGAAGUGGAAAAUAAGAAAAUGCAUGAUCUUGCAGUGGAAGUUGAGAAACUUAAUGAAAGGAUAAAAGAGGAUAAUAAAGUGUUGGACGAGGUAAAGAGGGACUUGAAGGGUAAAGAAAAGCGAAUUUUGCAGCUCGAGCUUGAGACGCAAAAGAUGGAAAAUUCUCUACAAGAAAAGGAAAAUGAGAAGGAAGAAAAGGAAAAUAAGUUACAAGAAGUGGAAAUAGAAAUGGAAGGGUCGAAAAAGAAUCAUGAGAACGAGAAAAAAGAUUUGCAAAAACGAUUGUCUGAUCGUGAAUAUGAGAUUUUGAUUAUGAAAGAGGAAAAGAAGGAACUGUGUAUAAAGAUGAAAGGUUUUGAGAACAAUGUGGAAACAUUACGCGAGGAACUGAAAACGAAAGACGAGGAACGUGAAGCAGCCAUUGCUGAGAUGGAGAAACAAAGUGCUAUUAAAGAUGAGGUGUGUUGGAUUUUAUUUUUUGCUUUGUGUUUUAGAUGGGUUUCAACUUCGGAAAUUUUGACGCAUGGAAAUGGAUAAUUCCAGCUUUGGACUAAAUUUUGAUCUAGGCAAGAAGAACAAAAUCCAUCACCACAGCUAGAAAGAGCAUGUUCAAGUUAGUAAAAUUGCAAAGUUUGGCCACGAAAUGUUGUAAAAUGCGAAAAAAAAUAUAGCCCUACGAAAUUUGAAACUUUUGUAGUAAUUUGUAUUACGCGCGGGAAAAUGCACCACAUUUGGCCGAAAGUGGUGCAUUUUCCGGUGCGUAAUACAAAUUAAUACAAAAUUUGCAAAUUUCGUAGGAAUAUAUUUUCCUCAUUUUACAACAUUUCGCAACCAAACUUUACAAUUUUGCUAAUUUUAACAUGCUCUUUCUAGCUGUGGUGAUGGAUUUUGUUCUUCUUGCCUAGAUCAAAAUUUAGACUAGAGCUGGAAUCAUCCAUUAAAUUAGCUGCGGACUGAGAGACUACACAACCACCGGAAAAAAAGCAGCACUUUGACGUUUCGAGAGAAUGCCGUCGGAAAUUACUUCCCAAGGAAGGGCGUUCGCUCGAAACGUCGUUUUGCUUUUGGCCGUGGGCCGCUGGCCAAAAUUAUUUCGCUUCGUGGCAACCCCUUGGGGAAUAGAUUUUCUGUGGUUCAUGAUCAAUGCAUAGUACCAUAGAUGCUCGAUUACCACUAAAAGUUCCCAAGCAAAACACUUGCCAAUGAUUAUCCUCUAUUAAAUUGUAUUACAGCAAGAAAAUGGGAAAUUUUGUAUUCAAUUACAACAAAAAUGACUUGCAUCAUCAGAAAGCUUACAGAAAACCGCAUAUAAGACUUUUAAACAGUUUUUUUAUCCUUCAAAUGGUCUUGGAGUUAUUGCUGUUUUAAAUGUGAAAAUUGGACCGAAAUGUCGCAAUAAGGAAUGGGUACUAGGUCAAAAACGCGUUUUUGACAGCGUACAAAAAAACUGUUUAAACGCCUUAUAUGUAGCUUUCUGAUGAUGCAAGUCAUUUUCGUUGUAAUUGAACACAAAAUUUCACAUUUUCUUGCUGUAAUACAAUUUAAUAGAGGAUAAUCACAGAUCACCCAUUUUCUCGGUGUUUGGCAAGUUUUUUGCUUGGGAACUUUCUGUGGUAAUCCAGCGUCUAUGGUACUAUGAAUUGAACCACAGAAAAUCUAUUCCGUAGGGGGUUGCCACGAAAUUGCUUUUCUAAGCACUUUUUCGCACAACGGCCCACGGCCUACUUGUUUUGUUUUUUUCAGGUAGUUGUACCCCUCUCAUUCCGCAAGAUCAAAAAUUAAACAAAUUAACAUAAUCUUCGUUUCAGAGUCUCUCCGUGAUGGUUUCAAAUCUGGAGGAAUGUAUCACAGAGCGAGAUUUGAGAAUUAAACAAUUGAAGAAACAAAUUGCGCUUUCGGUAAGAUGAUGAAUUCUAUAUAGCAGAUGGACGAAAAGUCAAAGAAGAGAUACUUCCUCUGUGUUUCUACAUAAACGCGGCAAACAAGCAGAUCAAUCAAACUGUCUGCGUAGUUCAUUGUUUUCUAUUACUGUGUAGUUCGUCUAUUUCUUUUAACAACUCUGUUAUUCCUAUUCUAGGGGGCACCUGAAAGUGAACUCCAGGCCAGGGAACACGAAUAUGAACAAAAUAAAGUAUAUCUUAAGCAUUUGAUUGCUUUAGUUAAAGAAAAAGAUCCAUCAAUAUUGGAUGUCCUUAAUAAAUCCCUGAGUUCAAGGUGAGAAACUCCUAUUUUUAAUUAUUUUUGUCGACAUCAGCAGGUUUAUGUUUUGGGCAAAACCUUUGAUACGUAAGCCCGGAUCUUUUUCAAAGCAAAUACGAGGGUAAAAAUUUACAUUCUGUGUGAUGAUGCCAUAAUGGAUAUCGAUUUAUCGAAUUCUCAAGAUAUUAUUUCUGUUCGGAAUUUCUUUUUUCAUUCUUUAAAACUAUCAGCUCGCUAUGGUUUUGGACUGUACAUGGAUUUUACAGCAUAUUUAGAAAAUUUGACAUUUUGAAGCUUUUUUCGCACAUUACGAAAUACAAAACCAAAAAAUAAAGUUAUGUUCUUCAUACAAAACCAAAAAAUAGAGCUAUGUUCAAGCUUGCCCGGUGUGGAUAUACACUCAGAGUAACAUCACAAGCAUCAUAUUCACCUGAGUACAUUACACCAACACAGAAAAAUCAUUACUGAUUAUUAGAUUACAAUGAUAUCAAAGGAACUAGAUUAUGUUCCGAAAUAUCACAUACUCGAACCGACCAGACCGCGUAGCUCAGUUGGCAGAGCAUUGGGCUAGUAUUCCAAAGGUCGUAGGUUCGAUUCCCACCGUGGCCAGGCGUAUUUUUCAAGCUUGCCCGGUGUAGAUAUACACUCAGAGUAACAUCACAAGCAUCAUAUUCACCUGAGUACAUUACACCAACACAGAAAAAUCAUCUCGUCAUUAUAUCCUUCCUCUUUUUGACCAACGGAAAUUUCCAUUAUAACUGCAAUUAUAGUCUUAUUGUAUGUAGUACAAUUUUUCCCAUUCAAUUAGAACUGCUUUGUCAUUGUCACACAGUCAGUAAUAUAAGUGUAUCGACUCUUUAGGGAUUCUGAAGAUUGGUGUUAAAAAUCGUCCAAUCAAAACCAUCUUCCGUUAAUUUCACGUGAUCAUCGCAUGUCACAUGCAAUAUGAAAUCAUCAUUGGAUAAAAUAUCUACAUUGCACAAGCCGUAUCAUGGGCGGGGUAAAUAUUAUAAUACGCAGUAUUUAUGAUUAAUUUUGUAAUAUGAAUAAUUUGCGCUUUGAUGCAACGUUAUAAAAUAACUAAUGCUAAUUACACGCGUAAAAACGCGCAAAUUGUCACACGUCUGAGGCAAACUUGGUACAAGAUUGGAUGCAAAAUUGUGGGGUCUGUUUGGACGUUAACUUGUUUGGUAUUCUGUUUGGUUCAAACCAUUGAACUAUAAAUAAACUGGAAGGCUAACUCAGGGGGAGGGGGAUUGAAGUCGGUGCAUUUUAGUUUUUCUGAGUUAUGAGCAGAAAUACUCAACACUGAACGUUGAGCUGUAUAUCAAAUUGAAGCUAUUGAAAAACACUAUUUGGUGUAGAAAUUUAAAGACUUUAGCUAAAAGGGAAAUAUUGAAAAACUACAAAAAUGAGUUGUUUUUGUAUUUUUUAAAUAUUUUCUUUUCGCUGACGUCUUGAAAUUGCCACACCGAAUAGAAAGUUUCAAUAGCUUCAAUUUGAUAUAUAGCCCAACGUUUGGGAUCAAGUAUUUCUGCACAUAAUUCAGAAAAACUAUUUUGGCUUCCUCAAAUCAUAGGCCUUCAUCAUAGCAGUUAGCCUUCCAGUUUAUGUAUAGUUUAAUGGUACCGUAAACAGAAGCAGUCACCCCCUGGAAAUAUUCAAAAUGGCACACGUCCAGGGGGGGGUGACUACUUCUGUUUAGGGUACUUACUGAGUGACGAAUCAUGACGAAUAGCGCUUAUGAAAAAACAAUGGAGAUGGCCUUCUGUAUAGUAUUCUGUGCCAUUGACGUCCAAUAGCUCGGAAGGCCGUAAAUAGUUUUUAUACCAUUUUUCCCAGCAUGAAUUCCAGUUUUUUUUCUAACGGACCGUAUCGCUAACCAAGUUAUCAGUUCAUAAAACCAUAGUGUUAUUCUUUAAAUCGAUAUCAAAAUACGAAAUUUCGGCACACUCCUUGCCAGCUUUGUGUUAACCGCGCAGACAAAAAAAUAGAAAGGGACUGGAACUAACGUCCAAUAGCUCUUCAAUUUCCGCUAUUUUGGCAAUCUCGUAUCCACAACCACUCAACGAUGGCUCUGAGUACGAUAUUGCUAUUUUGGCUUCACUUUUUGGUCUCAAGUUCUCGCUCCAGAUAUAUGCAGCAAAUUCAAAUAAGGUUGUCCUUUGCGACCUUAAACUCUAAACCUUAAACCUUAAACUCUAAGCGCGCAAAGCUUAAUGGGAGCACAAGUUUCAAGCUUAAUAGUCGAUUGUUGCAGCGUUUGUGAAUGAAUUGUUUUCAUAAGGAGAUAUUUACCAUGUCUCUAAGAAAUGGGCCCCAUAUAUGAUUUCUAAACUGAUUAAAUGAUGCUACCAUUAUGCUUUGCACGCUUAGAGUUGAAGGUUUAAGGUUUAGAGUUUGAGGUUUGAAAAGGACAACCUUUUUUGAAUUAGCUGUAUAUAGACCAAUUGCGAAACUUAGUGACCGCGCCUUAAACUGCACGAAAACGAGGCUUAUUAUGCAAAAACAAAUCAUUCUGCUAUAUUUUUAUAUGGCGAAAAAUGAAUUUCAGUGUUUGAGACGCGUUUUUAUGGUAAUCUCUUCAUUUUUUUUCAAUAUUUCUGUUUUGAUUAUGUAAAUCUUUAUUAAACUUGUUCAUAGAUUUAGUCUUACUUCAAAUUUCAUUGUUUUUCGCGGCGUGCGAGGCAAAGUUUUGCUGUUUUUCGCCUUCCGAUAAAAGAAGCAGAUUAUACCAGAGAAAGAAUCAGAUAUUUUCCGUCUGUUUUAUUAUUACAUUUCAAAGAAUAAGUUGUAACAUUGAUUAAUUUUGUUUCAGUUGUAAUAUAAUAGCAAGUUUUCGAUUUUAACUUUAAAAAUAUGAAAGUAAAUGUCGGGCAAAAGUUGUAGAAAUUUUAUGUUAUUAUCCUUUGACAAAAUCGUUUUUUCUCGCACAAGUCUAAAAAAAUCUGGGUAGAAAGAGUUAUAUUUUAGUUUGUUAAGUUAUACUGGCUAUUUUAUUUGCAUCUUGAUCAGAUUUUAAAGUCUAGAUUGAUCUUUUCCAUAUGUUUGUUCCAUCGCAUGCUAAAACAACAACGAAAUAUCUCUCUAAAGCGGGUAAAAAUAUAGUGGGAAAUCGAUGUUUAGAUAAAUUUAACAAAUAUUUAUAUAACCUAGCACGAAAUAUUAAGAAAAGAUCAAAGAGAUUCAAGAAAAAACACUUUAAAAACCCUAAAAUUCACUUUUCGCUAUAUAAAAAUAUAGAAAUUGUUUUGUUUUUGCAUAAUAAGCCUCGUUCUCGUGCAGUAUGAAGGCGCGGUCACUAAGUUUCGCAAUUGGUCUAUACGGAGCUCACUGCAUUUUAACAGGCCUUCGGGCGUGUGGACAGUAUUUCAUUCUUGUCAAUAAUUGUUAAAUACUGAUUCUGCAGUGCUUACUAAUCCGCACAUAAUCCCACAGAAUUCCACAUAGAAUAUAUAGUAACGUUUAGUUUACAUUCAUAUUUAAUUCGGUUCGAGGUGACCUCGGUGCCCAGCGCAUUAAUUGAUAUUUAUGUGUGCAUGUGACGUCACGACAUUCUGACAUAAAUUGUUUAUUGGUACUGCGAGUUUUCAACUAAAAAUUUUUGGUCGAACAAUUAUUCCUGGAGGUAAAUUUAUGUAUAAAAUUUAUUUAAAAAAUGUUUGGUUAAGGUUAAGAUAUGACUUUUGAUACGAUCUUAAAAAGAAUCAAAGCAUUUUGGAUAAAAUUGCUGUUAUUUAACUUUUACUACCAGGACAGAAUUUCGCCAAUUUUGUUUUAUUUAAUAAAGUAUUUUAGAAUGUUGACGUCACAUGCGCAUCUGUUUGUGACGGUCCAGUAACAUAUAUAGUUGAGUUGAAUAGUCGUAAAAUAAUUUUGUAGUUCUGGAUAAAUAUAGAGAUGUAUUUGUAUCAUAUUGCGCUGAAAUAAUGCAUAAGAUUUUUAUACGAGGAUAUAAUGUCAAAAAUAAAACAACAAGAUAAGAUAAUUUUUUACUUUUUAUUAGUUUACCGUUAAAUAUUACCCUUUAUAAUUUUACAUUGUCUGAAUUGAGUUUACUGGCUACAGCCAUUUACCCGUACAUGUGAUUGGCAAAAUGUCUCAACUGAUAACUGACAAGUGAUGAAACAGCAAAUUGCAACUGACAUCUUACAAAAUAUCGCGCUAACAGUUGAAUUGUAGCUGACAACUUCAAUACAAAAAACUCUCAUUUUAAACUUGGAAAAAAGUGCGAUAUCUAUUAUCUAGGGAUCCUGAGGAACAUAUAUUUACUUUAAAAGAAAAUUGAGGAACAUUUUCAAAUUUUUCAGACAUACGUUAUGGGAGAAUCUUAAGGAAUCAUUAUAUCAUACCUCCUUUAUAUCUGUUAUUUGAGAAUUUUGUGAAGUACUGUUUAAUAAACGAGCAGGAGUGUUUUAUUAGGUUUAAAAACACGAGCGCGCAGCGCGAGUGGCUUUAGACCUAAUAAAACACGACCUGCGAGUUUAUUAAACGGCUUCAAACACGACUACAAAUUCAAUAGAUUUACUGCCUUAUUAGUAUUCUUUAUAUAAAGAAUACUAAUGAGGACACGACUACAAUAGAUACUGCCUUAUUAGUAUUCUUUAUAUAAAGAAUACUAAUUAGGAGUGUUUUAUCAGGUUUAAAGCCACUGCACGUGACAUAUUAUGGUUGACAUGAUUUGUCAAUAAGCUUAUGAAUUAUGAAUUAUUAAUGAGUGUUUGAAGUGCUGUUCAAUGUUCAAAUACGGCGUCAUGUACGAUCAAAUUUUCCAUUGUUUUACGCACUUUUGAGGAACAUUUGAAAACGCAAAUACAGGAUCCCGAGGAACAUCAAACACCUUUUCCAGGCCUGAUUACGACCCCCCCUUUCAUAUAGUAUUUCCCUUAUUAUAUCAAAGAAAUUGUCCAUUUUUACCCUAUUAAGUACCUAUUAAAUAUCAGUAAAGUUCCACUCGUAAUCCAGCUCUCUUCCAUUAAGAAUUUUGAAAAGUUUGAUAACCCGAGCGAUCGGCGUUCACUGACGUGUUUCUCCGACGACGCAGGGCAAAAAGCGCAAUGACCAGUAUCCCAACGCCCAAAGUGACGCCGAUUGUGAUACCUGCCGUUGCACCUCCGCUCAGGCCACUGUCCUUGGAGGAAUCGCCCGCGGAUUGUGACGACUUAAUUUCCUCUAGUCCUUCCAUUUUCAACUUGAGGUUUUCAACUGCUCCCUGGGUUGGCUCUGAUUUUCGCAAUGGCAUUUUCAUUGACAUACUAAACGAGAAAAAUAUAU